ACCCGACAAAAAUGGAGGCUUUGUCCAAACAAUAAAAAACUUACGAGGCUGUCUGAUUCAACGCAGAGAUUCCCACGAAACGUGCUUUUUCUCUUCUUUUCUUUUACCGACGGACGACUUCUCAAACCCAUCUGAGUUCUGUGUUCCUCCGCUCUUUUUUUUUUUGGUUUUUUUGUUUUUUGGUUAAUUCUCACGAGAGCACCGAAAAUGUCCGGCGGCGGGCGGCGGCGGCGGCUCCUGGCGGCGGAUUUCGCGAUGUCUUUCAUGUGGGUCUGGUCCGGCAUCCUCCUAAAGAUCUUCGUGCACAGAAUAUUGGGGUACGGCGCUCAUCAAUUCGAGGGCGAAUUAAUCAGAUACUCCGUCUCCAUUCUCAACAUGUUCUUCUUCGCCUUCUUGUCUAAGCUCACCAGCGGUGGGGCCUACAACCCCCUCACCGUUUUAUCCUCCGCCAUUUCCGGCGACUUCUCCAAUUUCCUUUUCACACUUGGCGCCAGAAUUCCUGCACAGGUAGUUGGAUCGGUUUACGGCGUGAGGUUCGUAAUGGCCGCAUUUCCCGAAAUAGGGCGUGGGCCCCGCUUGAACGUUGACAUAACAAAGGGAGCACUAACCGAAGGUUUUCUAACAUUCGCAAUUGUAAUAAUCUCGAUUUGCCUAUCUAAAAACAUCGGUAAUAGUUUCUUCAUGAAAACUUGGAUCUCUAGCGUCUCGAAGCUGUCUCUUCAUAUUCUUGGCUCCGAUUUAACCGGUGGAUGUAUGAAUCCAGCUUCUGUGAUGGGGUGGGCAUUUGCUCAUGGAGAGCAUAUAACGAAAGAACAUUUAAUCGUUUAUUGGCUUGCUCCGGUGAAGGCGACACUGGCGGCAGUUUGGGUGGCCGGAAUGCUGACUAGGCCUAAGAAGGAUGAAGCUUCGGCUGCUAAGAAAGUCGAUGCCCGACCGAUGAAGUCUGAAAAAUCGGAUUGAUUGAAUAGUCGACUUUUUUGUUGUAUAGUAGUGUUUGCAAGAAUAUUAAUUUGGAGUUUAACUUGUAAAUUCAUCAACUAUUGUUGAAAAAUUGUUCGUUUUUAUGUUUGAAUUAACUUUGAGUAGUACGAAAAUUUGUUCAAAUACUUUUUUUCACAAUUAUGAAUGGUUAUUCGUAAGCCAGUACAUAGUUGAGGGGUUGAUUGUAAUUUCCCAAAAAUGAGGGGGUGUUUUGUAAUUUGACCGUAUCUCAGGGGAUGUCCGU